AUGCCUGGACCGGAAGAUACCCCACCACAGCUACCCAGAGAAACACCUCCACCUCCCACUGCCAACGGUACAGACAAGCAGAAGGAGACCAUGUACUCGUGGCUGCAGGCUUGGCUGUACAACAGGUUUGGAGCGUACAUCGGGGACUUCCGUUUCCAGCUGGAGGAGAACACAGUGGAGCCAGAGGAGCCGCUAAGCGCUAAGAGAUUGACUGAAAACAUGAGAAGACUCAAGCGAGGUGCCAAACCUGUCACAAACUUCAAGAGGAACCUUUUUGCCUUAUCCAGCUGGCAAACAGUGUACACGUCAGCCUUCGCCUUCAUUAUCUAUAUGAAUGCAGCGUGGCAUGGUUGGGCCAUCCCCAUGUUUAUUUUCCUAGCCAUUCUAAGGUUGUCUUUGAAUUACCUCAUUUCCAGAGGUUGGAGGAUCCAGUGGAGUAUUGUGCCUGGGGUCUCUGAACCUUGA